AUGCAAUCUCAAGAAAACGGUGUAGAUCAGCAGCAAACCCUAGGCGGCGAUGUAAGCAGUAAUGUCCUCGAAGACUCGGCUAGCUGUUCGCCGUCAUAUGAAAUCCGUUUUGAUCUUCCGUCUCGUUUCCCGCACUCACACAUGGCACCAAUCGGGAUCGGUGUCCAGGGUGCCGUGUGUAGUGCAGUGGAUCUAAAAACGGGACGCCGGUUAGCAAUAAAGAAGCUGUCGCAACCAUUCCAAGACGUCACAUUCGCAAAGCGAUCGUACCGCGAGCUUAAGCUGAUGCGAUUAGUCGAUCAUCCUAAUAUUAUAAAGCUACUGUAUGCAUACACACCCCAGCAAACGUUGGAAACGUUCCGAGACGUGUACAUCUUCACCGAGCUGAUGGACAACAAUCUGCGAAAAGUGAUCGGCACCAAGCUAGACCACGAGCGUAUCUCCUUUCUCGUCUAUCAGAUGCUGUGCGGCAUCAAGUACCUGCAUGCGGCCGGUAUUAUCCACCGUGAUCUUAAGCCCUCGAACAUAGUCGUGUGUAGGAAUUGUAGCCUUAAGAUAUUGGACUUUGGACUGGCGCGAAGUAUCGACACCAGCUUCACGAUGACACAGUACGUCGUGACUCGCCACUACCGGGCACCGGAAAUCAUCCUCAACAUGGAGUACGAUACAAAGGUCGAUAUCUGGUCGAUUGGUUGUAUUAUGGCGGAAUUGAUUACGGGUAGAGUGUUGUUCCCUGGGACCGAUCACGUCGAUCAGUGGAUGCGCAUCAUACAGACUCUUGGUACACCGAGACCAGAAUUCAUCGCACGCACCACAACUGGCACACAGCGAUACAUUAGCAAUCAACCGAUAGUACAAGGACGGCCGUUUGAGGAACUCUUCCCGGACGAGGUGUUUGAUUUGGCAGUUUCGAUCAAUCAUCCACAGCUAACGAACGAUUCGGCGAGAGACUUUCUGCGCCGGAUGCUUGCGUUUGAUCCGAUGGAGCGGAUCUCUGUGGAGGAAGCGUUGGACCAUCCGUACAUUCACGUGUGGUACUACGAGGAGGAUGUUAAUCGACCACCACCCCAAACGUACGAUCAUUCGAUCGAUGCACAGGUGCUAACAGUGGAACAAUGGAAGAGGCUACUGUUCGCGGAGAUACAGGACAUUCAGCAGACGAUGUCGUUGGACGAGGGGGGUUGA